GGGAGAAAAAUGGUCUAUAUCAGUGUACCCUGUAAGAAAGGUUCUGAAACGAAUUUGUCGAAGCCAAUUGAAGCUUACCUAAAGGGCAAUAUGGGGACUGGUCAAGCAGCUGCAUGCAAGAAGGGUUUGGAAUAUAUUCAAAAACUUCGUAAUGAAAUCUUGGCUAAGCUUGAUGAUGGGCACGAAAGUACUGCUAAGCUUAUUGCAUCAUAUUGUGAUUUAAUGGAAGAUCUGGAACAUCGUAUUCCAUUAACUAAUACGGAUAUACCUAUUCAGUACAAAUGGUUUGACUGCUUCUGUGGCAACUCGAAAGUUUUUAGGAGCUCAAUGAGUAAGUUGGGAUUUAACGCCAGUUUCGAUCGUUGCUGUAUGCUUUUCAAUCUUGCCGCUAUUCAGAGUCAAAUUGCAAAAGGUCAAAAUCUUGACGACGAUUCUGGUCUCAAAACUGCUGCUAGGUCUUUUCAAAUAUCAGCUGGUUUAUUUGACUAUGUUAAAGCAAUGUUACCUUCCUGCUACUCACAAUCUCCAACAUGGGAUAUGUCUAAUGAGGCUCUGGAUGGGUACGCUAGUUUAAUGGUCGCACAAGCUCAGGAAUGCAUUUUCACUAAAGCGGAGAAAGACAAUAUGAAGCCUUCAAUUAUUGCGAAGUUAGCCCUCCAAGCAAGCACUCUUUAUACUGCAGCCUUGCAAGUUAUCACUUUGCCAUCUCUGAAGCCAUACCUUCCUAAAGACUGGUCUAGUAUUAUUGCCGCUAAUGCUGCUAACAUGGAAAUCUACGCUGAGUACUAUGGCGCUUUAGCCGCAGAAGCUGAGCAGAGUUUCGGUGAACAGAUUUUUUUUUCUAUUUUCGUUUUUCUUGGUAGUUUGGUCAUCUUAUUUAAAUGUUUACAGAAGGUCCUACUGCUCUGCAAAAGGAUUUCCGGCAUGAAGGAUUUUGCUGCGAAAGUUGAGAAGAUGCGAGAUCGAGCAAAAAAAGACAAUGAUUUAAUAUAUCAUGAGUUAAUUCCGGAUGUUAAGGCACUUGGUUCGGUCGGUGUCGCUGUGGUUGCAAAGAAACUUCCAGUUGAAUUCCCUCUUGAAGGAAAACCCCCUAAGGAUCUGUUCAAGGCCCUUGUACCCAUUCAAGUGUACAAUGCCAGCCAAAUGGCAGAGGGUGUUAAAAGACAAAUGGUUGGUGCUGAAGUUCAAAAGCUUCGAGAAGCCACUGAAACUUGCAACGCUUUAAUGGCGUCGCUUAACCUCCCUGCUGUGGUGGAGUCUUUCGAUGGUUCUGAUGAUGUCAUUCCCCCAUCCCUUUUGAAAAAGGCUAUCAUAAUAAAGGAAAAUGGUGGUGUUAAUGGUCUGAGGGAUAAAGUUUCUUCUUUAUCUGAUGGUAACACGAGAAACGCGGAAAUGAUUACUAGUACGUUGAAUGAAGAGGAAAAGACCGAUGACGAAUUGCGUAGGAAAUAUGGCGAUAAGUGGAACCGCCAAGAGUCUAGUAAGCUGAAUUCCCAGUGGAAAGCUGAACUCGAUAAACACCGUGAAUUAUUGAAUCAGGCUGGCGCAACCGACAAAGGUCUCAAAGAUCGCUUCAACACUCAUGAGGCUUCAUUUACUGUUCUCAGUGGUUCUACAAGUGAUUUGACUGAAUACAUCGUAGGUAAAAUGGGAAAUGAAUGUUCCAACUCAUCUACGGAUAAACGUUCCCUUAAAAAUUUGUGCGAUCAAAUUGAAAACAUGAAGAAAGAACGGUUAGAUUUGAUGAAACAACUAGAAGAAACUACUCUUCCUGAAACAAAUGAGUACCUCAAAGUGUACACUAAGACUUCUGCAAUUUCGAAUGCUCAAGACCUCGCAACGGAGCACAUUAACAAGGCCCUUGAAACAGCUCGUGAUUGUGUCAAAGAGAGUUUGAAUAAACAGACUGAGCUCCUUGCGGAGAUUCAAAAGUCCUAUGAGGCUAUUUUUGGCAAGCAAAAGAAUGAUGCCUCCAUUCUUACGACCCUCAUUCAGGCCACUGAGGCCUAUGAACAACUCUUACAAGAUGUUCGUCAGGGCAUCACUUUCUACGCUGAUCUGACUGGUAUACUCGUCAAGUUCCAGAAUAAAGUGUCGGAUUAUGUGUUUGCAAGACAAACCGAAAAACAAGAGCUCAUGAAGGAUAUUUCGAAGGAAAUUACUGCUGAAAGUCCUGGUAAAUUAUCCGAACUACCGGGCAAACCGUCGAAUUCUGAUCCUCCACCUCGACCACCACCUCCGACUGCCCCAACCACGAACGCGAAUGCACCUCCCAAUGCAUUCCCGAUGUAUGGUGCUCCUCAACCAAUGGGAUUCUGGCCACAAUAUGGCAUACCACCUCAGGGUUAUCCAUGUAAGCGCUUGAUUGAUACUAUACUCGCCAUAAUCGUCAAGACAUUUUGUAAGGCUAAAUUUCUUUUUUUGAGAAGGGCUAGUGGCUAUAGGUAUAAACUUUAG